CAGAGCGAGCACGGAGAGCCUCACACAGCCCGCCGCCAUGGAGCGGCCGAGGAGGAACACGGCGGGGGUCGAUUCUGUGGAGGGGCAUGAAGUGAAGUUAGGACGCAAGGAGCCAUGUCAGCUUGUUCUAAAUCAUCAGCGUGAUGGACAAUAUGUGCUGGUCAUUCACUCCGAAGCAAAACAUUCAAACAAUGAAGAUGUUCUACCAAUAACAAGCAACUUUAAAUGUGUACAAGAGGCAGAGGAGACUCUUCUCAUAGAUAUCCCCACCAACAGUGGCUGUAAAGUGAGAGUACAAGCUGACCCUUGGUCUGCGGAGCGCCUGUUUGAAAUUUCCGACGAAGAUAAAUGCAUGGAGUUGCUGGCACAGAUGCGGAUCAUACAGGAGACAUAUCUAAAAACUGCUCGAUUUGACAAGAAAGAGUCAUCUAAUUGGUACCAACCUGCAGGAAAGAUUGAGGCUACACCUGGGAUACCCUCAAAAGCCGCUCCAGGGAAUUUGGGGUUUGAUGAUAAUUUUAGUGUCGCAAAUAUAGAGAAGAGGAGGAACCUUGAAAACAGACAACCAGGCUCACGCAGAGAACCGCCUCCUCCCCCUCCACUAGCUGUGGACAGGAAUCCUGUUCGGGAGCGAGAGAGAGACCCAGCUGGAUGGGAGAAACCUAGAAUGACCAACAGCAUGCGUAAGCUGUUUGUCCCAAACACCCAGUCUGGACAGAGGGAAGGACUGAUUAAACAUCUGCUAGCUAAAAAAGAAAACGAAUAUGUGAAUAUCGAGAACUACAGAUUCUUUGUGGGUACUUGGAAUGUAAACGGACAGUCUCCAGAUGGAAGCUUAGAGCCAUGGUUAUGUGCGGACACAGACCCUCCUGAUGUCUAUGUUGUUGGGUUUCAAGAGCUUGACCUCAGCACAGAAGCGUUUUUCUACUUUGAUUCAGGAAAGGAACAGGAGUGGUUGGAAGCUGUUGAAAAAAGCCUACAUCCAAAGGGCAAAUAUAAGAAAGUUCGGUUGAUCAGACUUGUUGGAAUGAUGAUGCUUGUGUUUGCGAAGAAAGAACACUUCAAACACAUCCAGGAAGUUGUAGCAGAAUCUGUAGGAACAGGCAUUAUGGGGAAAAUGGGUAACAAGGGAGGUGUAGCCGUGAGGUUUAUUUUUCACAACACAAGUUUCUGUUUUGUUAAUUCUCACCUGGCUGCACACGUGGAAGAUUUUGAGCGGCGGAAUCAGGAUUAUAAGGAUAUUUGUGCUCGUCUGAACUUUACUGUACCUGACCAAAAUAUACCAACCUUAAACAUCAUGAGGCAUGAUGUUGUGAUUUGGCUGGGAGAUUUGAAUUACAGGCUGUGUAAAUAUGAUGUUGCAGAAGUUAUAACCAUGAUCAAGAAAAAUGACAUUCAUACACUUUUGAAGUUUGACCAGCUUAAUAUCCAGAGAGAUUUCAAGAAUGUCUUCUCAGAUUUUAUGGAAGGCCCUAUCAACUUCAUCCCGACUUACAAAUAUGAUCCUAAAACAGAUCGGUGGGACACCAGUGGCAAGUGUCGGGUUCCUGCCUGGUGUGAUCGGGUCCUCUGGAGAGGAGUUAAUAUCAAGCAGCUGAAAUAUCGCAGCCAUAUGGAUCUGAAAACCAGUGACCACAAACCAGUCAGCUCACUGUUUAGCAUUGGGGUGAAAGUGGUGGAUGAUCGCAGAUACCGGAAAGCAUUUGAAGAUAUUGUGCGCAUGAUGGACAGAAUGGAGAAUGACUUUCUACCUUCCUUAAAUCUCAGCAGUAGAGAGUUUGCAUUUGAAAGAGUACGAUUUCGACAGCUUCAGAAGCAAAAAUUUCAGAUAAAGAAUGAUGGUCAAGUUCCAUGUCACUUCUCCUUCAUCCCUAAACUAAACGACACCCAAUACUGCAAGACAUGGCUGCGAGCAGAGCCCUGUGAGGGGUACUUGGAACCAGAUGAAACUGUUGAUAUUAACCUGGAUGUUUACGUCAGUAAGGACUCUGUCACAAUGCUCAACUCUGGGGAAGAUAAGAUUGAAGAUAUUUUAGUUCUUCAUCUUGACCGGGGCAAGGAUUACUUCAUAACCAUCAGUGGAAGUUACCUAGUGAGCUGUUUUGGCACAUCAUUAGAGGCACUGUGUCGAAUAAAGAGGCCAAUUCGUGAAAUUCCAGUUACAAAACUAAUAGAUUUGGGAGAAGACAACUUCUCAGAGAAGGAGAGAGCCAUUCUACAGAAUCUGCCAGACAUUGACGGUACCUCCGACAAGCCCCUAAAGAUCCCAAAAGAAAUCUGGCUUUUAGUCGACCAUUUGUAUAAAAAUGCAUGUCGCCAGGAAGAUCUUUUUCAAACACCAGGAAGACAAGAAGAGUUGCAGAACAUUAUUGAUUGUUUAGAUACCAGCAUUCCAGAGAACAUACCUGGUAGCAACCAUUCUGUAGCCGAAGCACUACUAAUCUUUUUGGAAGCUUUGCCAGAACCGGUCAUCUGUUAUGAGCUUUACCAGAAGUGCAUAGAUUGCUCCCACGACACGAGACUCUGUAGACAGGUGAUCUCUCAUUUGCCACGUUGCCACAGAAAUGUUUUCCGAUAUUUAAUGGCGUUUCUGCGAGAGCUGCUCAAGUACACUGGAGAAAACAAUCUAAGCGCCAAUAUGAUUGCAACAGUGUUUACCAGUCUCCUGCUACGGCCUCCACCAAACCUAGUGGGAAAGCAGAGCCCAAGUGAACGCCAGCGAGCAAUCAACUUUAUCCUUGGAUUCUUGCUAGCAGGUGAUGAGGAGUAAAAGUGACAAUCCUGGGACUGUAAGGUGCUCUGUUAAAAGAACAUAGAAAAUGGCUGUCACAUCCGAUGGCACAAAAACUAAAGGCUAGACUGUAACCUGGAACUUUGGAGAAAGGGGUGCUUCUUAUGUUUGUGGCAGGGACAAAAAUGAACACCCCACAUGACACAUUUCUAGUACUGUAGCCAUUCUUGGUCGACGGUGGAAAUCUAACGACAUGCUUCAAGGAAGGACAGAAGUUUUUUAUUCAAGUUAUAAUUCACAUGGUGUUAGACCAGUUUAUGUAUGUGUUUUUUGUUUUUUUUUGGCGGUCCAUGUAAACAAGUCAUCUUCUACAUUAGUUUUGAACCUGUCCCUAUUCGUGAACUCUUAUCUGAACGCUAAACACUGGUGCCAUAGUCAUUGUCAAACCUAUUUGUGACCUCUUUCUAUUUAAGUGCCCUUGUUCUCUGUUCUGAGGUUGGCAUUCUCAUGGUACAUCAGUUGAUUCGAAUGGUUUUGUAUAAUUGCAUUUCACACUUAGAAUUGAGACUUUAAAUUAGUAAUGUGAGUCUGUCUUUGCUCACUGUCCAUCCUCGACUGUAUUUUACACACAUUUUAAAUACCUGUCCUCACUUGGGUAUCUAGUAAAUGUAUUUAUUGAAGCAAUGGUGCAUUUCUUACCACACUCUUGUAAAUAUGGUAAUAACCUACUUGGAAAAUUCGAAAUCUAGCGAACGGUGGCGCACGUUUUACAUUCAUGCUUUGCAGUAGACUUAUACUAGUUACAGUACUCUAUAGCAUUAAUACUAUUUAAUACUAAUUACAAACGGAAAAGUUGGUAGAAUUUUAAUAUUGAUAAUUUGUUGUAGAAGCGCUCUCUCACAAAUGGGGUGUUUACUGUAUGACUCUAAUGUUGAAAAAUGUAUGUAAAAAAUCUAUUGCAGAAUUGCAGGAAGAAUGUAAACGUGUAUAAAUCAUGAAGCAGAGGAUAUCCUAAAUCAUGAGGAAAGUUACCAUUCUAUUUAGAUAAAUUAUGGCCAAAGUAAGGAUUCAAAAGCAUACCCACUUUUUUUUAGAAAAAAAACCAUAUACAUUUUCAUUGUCUGCUGCCCCAGCAAUAAAACUUUUUUCAGGAAACUCCUUGAGCUAUGCGGCUACAGGAUAAAAACAGAUUCCAAUGAAAAUAGAAAUGGAGCAUAGUUUGAAGUGAUUGCAAACAGCAGGACUUGAGUGUAAGAAAAAAAUAUCAAAUACAAGGUUCCUAAUGUUUGAUUUAAUAAUACUAUAAUUGCUCUCUGCAGAAUAUGCAGAACAGUGAUUGGGUUUGGCUCUUUUUUUUUUUACGGUACAUCAUUUCAACAUUGCGUUGCGUCGCGUCACAUGGUAUAUUUGCAAACCAGGCAGGGCCAGACAGUUUUAUAAUAAUAUGUGGUAGCAUUAUACAUUUGCGUGCAGUUCUUCUAGGAUAAUGUAUAAUAAACGUGCUCUACAUUUGUACUGUAUACACUGUUAUACUGUGAGAAAUGGGCUUUGGCAAACUUUCACAAGUCUUCAUUGCUUCCAAGGAAUAUUAAGAGUCACUGUGAAUUUGUAACUAGAUGGCAAAGAAUCUGAUUUGGAGAUUUGUGUACUAUAUCAAAUAGAGCUCGAUGUCCACAAGAAAGUGGUUGGAGUUGCCAUGGCGUAACGUUAUUGCCUACUUCCCUGUACAUAACGAAUCUGCAGAUUGUGCACACCUUAUAGUUGAAGCCUUUGUUUCACUGAAGGAGGAAAUGCCAUCAGCCGCAUUGAUUUGCUUUGGCACUGGCACAUGCAUUCUCUUCCUGGAUCUAAAUCCUACAUGCCUUUUGGUUCAUAGUUUCAUGCAUCCAAUCCCCUUCUGUAAUCUGUCGUUUUUGUCUGCAUAAGUAAAGCUGAGGGUAAACCUCUGAAAUGUCUGUUCCCAUGGCAGAGAUAGUUAAGGUGAACAAGGUAAAAUGGCAAUUCUGCCUUUUUAUUUGGUUUGCUGCACUUAAAACACUACAUAAUAAAAUAAAAAAAUAUUUUUUUUUGCUAUGCUUAAAACCAUUUUUAUGAGCUGCUUUGAAUGGCUGUCAUGGCCAUAUUUGCAAGUUAUUGUAGUUGCUUUUCUGCUGAAACAGUGGUUUACAAGUCCAAAAGGGGGGGGGGGGGGGGGUGUCAGAGCGGUUUGUGAACUGUUACCUAGCUGUGAUUUUAGCCACGUCAUAGAUCAGUCUAUUGAGAGCCUGCACCAGUUACAAUGGACUUAUAAGACAUACUCCCAUCUCGCAAGAUCUGGUCCGUGAAGUGUCAGUGAAACUUACCUGUGCUAAAGCUGGUAUAUAUUGUUAUUCUGACCUGUGCAUGACACGUAAAGAUAGCUUGAAGAACAUCAAAUUACUAUGGACCCUGGAGAUAAAUGUUAUUUCAGUGCUUAUGAAAAUCCAAGGACUCUGUGCUAAUCCAUGCUAGUGUUUAAGGAACAAAGAGGGUUAGUCUGACUUUUUUUUUUUUUUUUUUUGUUUAUAUAAAUCUGGUGGGAUUGGUGUCAGUUCACCACUUCUUGUGUUAGUGAAAGAAGCCCCAUAGUGUUCAAGCUGCAUAUUUACAUGACAUUGAUUGAAAAACAAAGUAUAUGCAAUUAAUAUUUAAUAUGUAUUAAUUCCUUCCAGCAACAUUAAACAUGUUUUUUCUCCUCUGUGCAUAUAUUUUAAAUUGUAAACAUUUAUUUAUUC